GGUUUUGUUCCUCGGCCCGAGCUCAUGGGUGUACAUUAUCAUGCUCCUCUUUUGUAGAGCAACCCGACGGCCAUGGAGGCCGAAGAGACGAUGGAAUGCCUUCAGGAGUUCCCUGAGCAUCAUAAAAUGAUCCUAGACCGAUUGAAUGAGCAGCGAGAGCAGGACCGGUUUACUGACAUCACCCUGAUUGUCGACGGACACCAUUUUAAGGCCCACAAGGCUGUUUUGGCUGCUUGCAGUAAGUUCUUCUACAAAUUCUUUCAGGAGUUUACUCAGGAACCUUUGGUGGAGAUAGAAGGUGUUAGUAAAAUGGCCUUUCGUCAUUUAAUUGAGUUCACAUAUACAGCAAAAUUAAUGAUACAAGGAGAAGAAGAAGCCAAUGAUGUAUGGAAAGCAGCAGAGUUCCUGCAAAUGCUAGAAGCUAUCAAAGCCCUUGAAGUCCGGAACAAAGAAAACUCAGCUCCAUUAGAGGAAAAUACCACAGGAAAAAGUGAGGCAAAAAAAAGGAAGAUUGCAGAAACUUCAAAUGUGAUAACUGAGUCGUUGCCGUCUGCAGAAUCAGAACCAGUUGAAAUUGAGGUGGAGAUUGCCGAAGGCACCAUCGAAGUGGAAGAUGAAGGCAUUGAAACGUUAGAGGAAGUGGCUUCUGCCAAGCAGUCCAUUAAGUACAUACAGAGCACAGGUUCCUCUGAUGAUUCCGCUCUAGCACUGUUGGCAGAUAUUACCAGCAAGUACCGUCAAGGUGACAGAAAAGGGCAGAUUAAAGAAGAAGAUGGCUGUGCAGCUGACCCCACAAGCAAACAGGAACACAUGAAAUCACACUCCACUGAGAGUUUCAAGUGUGAAAUAUGCAAUAAAAGGUAUCUUCGAGAGAGCGCAUGGAAACAGCACCUAAAUUGUUACCACCUUGAAGAAGGUGGAGUCAGUAAGAAGCAAAGAACUGGGAAAAAAAUUCACAUAUGUCAGUACUGUGAGAAACAGUUUGAUCAUUUUGGACAUUUUAAAGAGCAUCUUCGAAAACAUACAGGUGAGAAACCUUUUGAAUGUCCAAAUUGUCAUGAACGAUUUGCUAGAAAUAGCACCCUUAAAUGUCACCUCACUGCAUGCCAAACUGGAGUGGGUGCAAAAAAGGGAAGAAAGAAGCUUUAUGAAUGCCAGGUCUGUAACAGUGUAUUUAACAGCUGGGACCAGUUCAAGGAUCACUUGGUAAUACACACUGGAGAUAAACCCAACCAUUGUACUUUAUGUGACUUGUGGUUCAUGCAAGGAAAUGAAUUAAGGAGGCAUCUCAGUGAUACUCACAAUAUUUCAGAGCGUCUAGUAACCGAAGAAGUUCUUUCAGUAGAAACACGUGUGCAAACUGAACCUGUGACAUCAAUGACUAUUAUAGAACAAGUUGGGAAGGUGCAUGUGUUACCAUUGCUUCAGGUCCAGGUGGAUUCAGCACAAGUAACUGUGGAACAAGUUCAUCCAGAUCUGCUCCAGGACAGCCAAGUGCACGAUUCACAUAUAAGUGAACUUCCAGAGCAAGUCCAAGUGAGUUAUCUAGAAGUGGGUCGAAUUCAGACCGAAGAAGGUACUGAGGUACAUGUGGAGGAGCUGCAUGUUGAACGGGUAAAUCAGAUGCCAAUGGAAGUACAAACUGAGCUUCUAGACACAGACUUGGAUCACAUGACCCCAGAAAUCAUGAACCAAGAGGAGAGAGAGCCUAGCCAAGCAGAGGCUGCUGAGACUGCCGGGGAAGAUCAGGAAAAUGCUGAGGAUUUAGAGACCAAGCCAACAGCGGAUUCCCAAGUUGAAAAGGCAGGGGAUGAAGACAGAACAGCUAUGCCAGUUUUAGAAUGAAGUAACGAAUAUAUUUUUAAAUUUA